UCUGUAGGCUGCGGGCCGUUGGAGCUCUUCCUGCAUUAGGGUGAUCUGUGUGAUCAGGAGCUGAUCCGGGCUGGAGCAGCAGAGCUAAUCAUUCACCAGAUAACAGACAGACAGUAAGUGUGAAGCGCUGCCGCGGAGUCCAGCACAUCUGCGUGCGUGAUUAUACCGGGCUGGAGUGGGCUGGACUGGGUGGACUGGUCCGGGGGAUGCUCGGGGAGGAUCAGGACUGGAGCCGGUAAAGCCGCGCGGACCGCACACGUGUAUCCCCGGCUGUUCCUGCGGGAGAUCAGUGCAACGAUGUCUGAGAAAGCUGCUUCCACAGUUAUCCUGGACCACAACUCACGGGACAAGAUCUCUCACCAUGCAGGAGCUGAUGUGGAGCGUGUGGAGAGGAUUUACAUGGACUACAAUGCCACCACCCCAGUGGACCCGGAGGUGAUCAGUGCGGUCACAGACGCUCUACAUCACGCCUGGGGGAAUCCCAGCAGCACAUACCUGCCAGGAGCAAAAGCCAAAGACAUCAUUACCCAGGCCAGAGGCAGCAUCGCGACCAUGAUCGGGGGAAAAGCAGCAGAUAUUAUAUUUACCUCCGGCGGCACUGAGGCUAAUAAUAUGGUGUUCCAUUCGGCUCUGGAACUCUUCUGGAGCAGCAGAGCUUCAGCUGAGGGAGGUCGGGAGGAGAACCACCAGCUGAACGGAAACAAGGUCCUGCCUCACAUCAUCACCUCCAACGUAGAGCACGACUCCAUCAUAAACGCAGCGGAACACCUGUUAAAAUCAGGCAAAGCAGACGUCACUUUUCUGCCCGUUUCGAAGAUGACAGGUCGGGUGGAGGUGGAUGAUGUGAUGGCAGCAUUGCGUCCCAGUACCUGCCUGGUGUCGGUCAUGCUGGCCAACAACGAGACUGGCGUCAUUAUGCCAAUCAGGGACAUUUGUCAGAAGGUGAGGUCAGCAGUCAGGCCAUCAUCUUCUCCCAGAGUUCUGCUGCACACAGAUGCAGCUCAGGCCAUCGGAAAGAUCAAAGUGGAUGCACGGGAGCUGGGGGUGGACUACAUGACGAUAGUUGGACACAAGUUUUAUGCCACUCGAAUUGGUGCUUUGUACGUGAAUGGUCCAGGAUCGACGACGCCUCUGUACCCUUUGCUGUUUGGUGGAGGACAGGAGCGUAACUUCAGACCUGGGACUGAGAACACACCGAUGAUUGCUGGUCUGGGAAAGGCUGCAGAGUUGGUGACUUCAAACCUUGCUGUGGAUGAAGCUCAUCUCAUGGACAUCAGACUCUACCUGGAGCAGAGGCUACUGGCUGUGUUUGGAAAGGAGAAAAUUCAUUUUAACAGCCAUUUCCCUGGAACAGAGACUCUACCCAACACAUGCAAUGUGUCUAUUAUGGGUCAAGGUCUACAAGGUCGCAGAGUCCUGUCCACCUGCAGGAGGUUACUGGCUAGUGUGGGAGCCGCCUGCCACUCGGGGCGAGGAGAUCAGCCCUCACACAUUCUUCUGAACUGUGGAAUCGCAUACCACGUGGCAGCGAACGCUCUGCGAAUCAGCGUGGGCAGAGCGACCACCCGAAAGGACGUGGAUUUGGUGGUGGAGGACCUGAAAGAAGCUGUGGAGAAACUGGAACAAAAGAACUAGCGCCUUUUUGUUAGAACUCCCCUGGUGGUGUGGAGGCUGCUGCACAGCUGUACAUUGUAGUGUGCGUAGUGAGUGGAUCUUGAUAAGGCCUGUCACAAUAACUAUAUUUGUUGGGACAAUAUAUUGUCCUAAAAUAAUAGAGAUAAACAAUAUUAUUGUUGUUUAAAGCAGGACAUAUUGUGCCACUGGUAUAAUGGUAACAUUAUAGCAUAAUUAUCUAAUCACAUAAAAAUGUAGGAAUAUUCAGACAUUGCAAUUGAAAUAUAAAUAUUUUACAAUAUCCUAAAUAUAUUGGCUGCUGUCAGCCAAAAAACAUAAAGGACAAUAUUGACGUUGACAAAAAUGAUUAAUAUUGAUAUUGUACAAUAAAUCAGAAACGUAAUUAUCGUAACAGGCCGACUCCUGAUCUUCUCAGAUUUUUUUAGGAAGAGAGUCAAAGAAACAAAGUUACAAGUGGAUUCUUUAAAAGCCAUGAAAUGCCACAGCCGUGGCUAAUUAAGUUGCAGUUUAUUUCAAUUGAUUAAUUAUUUAUUUUGUUUAUAAAUAAAUGUGCAUAUAUUUAAAGGCUAAAAAACGUGCUGGGAAAAUGCUUUGCUGUGUUGUUAAAUUAUGGGGCUGCACUUCUAUAAACCAGAUGCACUAACUGUUGACGAUGCAGUUUUAUUACAAGGAUAUGGUGGGAAUUAUUUAUUUAAUUAAAUAUAAAGACGUGUUCUUCGUUUAUUAAAACUGUAGUAAGUUUGUGUAAUUGUGCUUUAAAAAAUUAUUAUUAUUAUUAUUAUUAUUAUUAUUAUUAUUAUUAUUAUUAUUAUUAUUGAUGUUGUUAUUUUACAAAAUAGGUACCAAAUAUAUUAUUGUCCAAAGUUUUUCUCAUUGCAGAUUUUGAUAGUUCUUUGCUCCAAUAAAAUGCUAUUUAUUUAAAAA